UUGUUAUCGGUUAUCGCCGGACAGCUGACUGGCGGCAUUCGAAUUUAUAACAAUUUGCAUAUUUGUUACUUUUUUGCGAAAUGGACUACGAUUUCAAGAUGAAAACGCAAAUUGAGCGUACAAAAGUGGAGGACCUGUUCAACUACGAGGGCUGCAAGGUGGGGCGUGGCACCUACGGUCACGUCUAUAAGGCGAAAUGGAAGGAGACAAGCGAUGGCAAGGAGUACGCUUUGAAGCAGAUCGACGGCACUGGGCUGUCCAUGUCCGCCUGCCGUGAGAUCGCCUUGCUGCGCGAACUGAAGCACCAGAACGUGAUAACCCUUAUCCGAGUGUUCCUGUCCCACAACGAUCGGAAAGUGUUCCUGCUGAUCGACUACGCGGAACACGAUCUCUGGCACAUAAUCAAGUUCCAUCGGGCGGCCAAGGCCACCAAGAAACAGGUGGUGGUUCCCCGAGGCAUGGUAAAGAGUCUACUAUACCAGAUCCUGGACGGGAUUCACUACCUGCACAGUAAUUGGGUGCUGCAUCGCGAUCUAAAGCCCGCUAACAUCCUUGUGAUGGGCGAUGGCAACGAGAGGGGUCGCGUGAAGAUAGCCGACAUGGGAUUCGCCCGUCUGUUUAAUGCCCCACUGAAGCCGUUAGCAGAUCUAGAUCCUGUAGUGGUCACCUUUUGGUAUCGCGCUCCAGAACUGCUGCUCGGAGCUCGCCAUUACACCAAGGCCAUCGACAUCUGGGCCAUUGGCUGCAUCUUCGCCGAGUUAUUAACCUCAGAGCCCAUCUUUCACUGCCGCCAGGAGGACAUCAAGACCAGCAAUCCGUACCACCACGAUCAACUAGACCGCAUCUUCAAUGUGAUGGGCUUUCCACAGGACAAGGACUGGGAGGACAUCAAAAAGAUGCCGGAACAUCACACGCUAACCAAGGACUUUAAACGUUCCACUUACUCCACCUGUUCGCUGGCCAAGUACAUGGAGCGACACAAGAUCAAGCCGGACAGCAAAGCGUUCCAUCUGCUGCAGAAGCUGCUGCUAAUGGAUCCCAACAAGCGAAUCACCUCCGAACAGGCCAUGCAGGAUCAGUACUUCCAGGAGGAGCCGCUGCCCACGCAGGACGUGUUUGCCGGCUGCCCCAUACCGUAUCCCAAGCGCGAGUUCCUCACGGACGACGAUCAGGAGGACAAGUCGGACAACAAGCGCCAGCAGCAACAGCAACAGCAGCAACAACAACAGCAGCAGCAGCAACAACAAAUGAAUGCCGAGCCGAAUGCCAAGAGGGUUAGAUUGUCUGGGGCUGGAAACCAGCAGGAUUUCCACCAUCAGCAGCAGCAGGCCCAGCAGCAACAGCAACAACAGCAGCAGCAACAAAUGAUGUUCAACCAGCAGCAAAACUUCCAGCAGCGAUUCAACUGAGAGACUGAGAAAGGCAGCAUUUUUUCUACCACUUCUACUGCAACAUAGCCUUCUAAGUAUUUAAUGACCGUAGCGCUUAAGACAUACAAACAAUUAAAGUGUAACAUACACAAACUA